AUGUACUGGUAUUCCGAUAUCGCUUCUUGGUGCCGCGAUAUCGCCAGCAUCGGCGCACACUGGUACACCGCCUCUGUGGUCAGCUCGUGCCCGGCUCCGCCCGCGUGCCCGACGCUGACCUGCGCGCCCCAGCCGGCGUGCCCGCAGGUCACCUGCGGCAAUUGCUCGUGCGCGGAGGCCCUGCCGCUCCGCGAGAUCCUGUGGGGCUCGGCCGGGGUCGCUCUGGCUGCCGGCUCUGCGGGCCUCGCCGCUGGGGCCGCGGUGGGCUUCGCGGCCGGGCGCCUGGUCCUGCUGCCAGGCGCUUGCCAGCGCCGGCGAGAGGCUGGGGCGGGAGGCGCCCAGCCGCGGCCAGGCCCAGCCGCCGAGGCCAUCGUGGACGAGCCUCCGGCCCAGGCGCCGGCGUCGAAUCGCGCAAGGUUGCUGGCGCGGGCAGGCACAGGUAUCACCGUUUUCCUCAACUACGGGGACGCGCUCUAUCAUGAGCGGAUCCUGCUGGCGUGGGUGGUAGAUUCGCUGUUCAUCGUCAUCACGCCUGACUUUGACGUGUACAUUGAACAAAUUGACGCUUCUAAUCCAGAUCUCGAGGCUCUGAGGGUUAGCGACCAUGCGGGCUCGAUCCCAUUUGGGCUCACGGGGGCGCAGCUAUAUCGCUUUCGAGCUCGGCCCGCUGGAGCUGACUUGGUGAACCUCAUGGCCGAGGGUCGGCACCACGCGAGAGUGGAGCGGGCGGCGCGAGGCCUGGCCCCGCCACCAGGGCAGGAUGACAUCAUCGGCCCGGGAGGCAAUGCGCCGGCGGUCGUGCCCAUCCCGUUGCCUGUGCCGCCGCCAGUGGCUCCUGGAGUGCCCGCGGUUCCCAUGGCCCCGCGCGUGGAGUUCGCCCUGCCGGCCAACGCUCUCGACGUGGGGGGCCGGACAUUCGUGUCCGUCAACGGCAAGGCGGUCAGCGGGACGCGCGUCGCGGCUGGGACAGACCUUGAUGGGUGGGCCCGGCAGCGCCAGGCGCAGCUGAUGAGGGCGGACCCUCGUGUCCUGCCUCGCCCCGCUGGCGGUGAGCAGUCGGCUUUCGUCGACGAUGUGAGGCUGAUGAAGCGCGACCCCAGCGUCCCAAUCGGGAUCAAGGGCCCCGCCGCGCUGCCCGACACCCUCGCGGACCUCAGGAAGGGCUCGACUGGGGGGUUCACGGCCGCGCACGACCGUUGGUUGGUGGACUCGAAGGACGCCAACGGCAUGGUCCGCGCCCUGAACUCCCUGUACGGGUGCGUCCGUCCGCCAGGUGACGGCACCACGGUCGAGCCAUUCGACGGGGACCGCGUCUCCCUGCCCCCUCUCGGCAAGGGGGCGGCCUGCCUCUCGGGCGCGCUCGACCCGGAGGCGGCCGCAGUUUUGCAGAACUUUGAGACUGACCUGCUCGCCUCGCCUGACGUGGUGGAGCAGCGGCGUAUGUCGGCGCCGGCGCAGCCAUGCCUCGACCUCGAGUUCCGGGCGAGCCGGCCCAAGUACAUCCAGUUCUUGUCGAUGUUGAAGUCCCGCGGCAUCAUCUCUCUUGUCGGCCGCCGCCGAGGCAGCGUGACCCCGUUUUUCGCUUCCAAGAAAAAUGGGAAGCAGCGUUUGGUGCUGGACUGCCGGCUCAUCAACAUCCUUUUCCACCACGCCCCCGUGAUGGAGAUCGGAGCGCUGGACUGCCUGAGCGGGCUCGAGGUGCCGCGGGGCCGCCAGGUGUUCGCGGCGUCGGCGGACAUCGAGGCCUGCUUCUACCAGUGUGGCGGGCUGGGGUCGCUCAUCGAAUUCUUCUGUCUGCCAGGAAUCUCGGUGGCAGAAGCGACGCACCUGGGCUUCGACGUCACGGGCUUGUUCCACGACGCAAAGAUGAAGCUUCACGUGGCGUUGAACGUGCUGCCGAUGGGCUGGUCCUGGGCCUUCUGGUUCGUCCAGCGCGUCCACCUAGAAAUGCUGCGGCGCGCUGGGAUUGACUCCAGUCGCCUGGCGCUUGGCGGGUGGCCGCUGCCGCUGCUGGAGGGCGGCCCUGUCGAGCUCCCAUACUCCGACAACGUGAACGUGAUCGGGCUGGACCCGGUCGCCGUCGGGGAGCUCCGCGACAAGAUCGUCUCCACCUUCGAGCGGCAUGGCUUCGCGAUGCACGAGAUUUCGCCCGUCUCGGACGCCGCGGUGAUCCUGGGCGCGAGCGUCGGCGGAUCUCCGCCGAGCACGCGCCGGGUCUUGAACAAGUUGCUGUUAGUGCGAGGGGCGCUGCAGUGGCUGGCUUCGGGGCCCACCGUCACUGGGCGCCAGGUGGAGGUCAUCGUCGGGCACUACGUUGCGCUCACGUCCUUCAACAGGCUCGGGCUCAGCGUGAUGCGGUCGCUGUGCGAUUUCAUCCGCGACAAGUACGUCAUGCCGACGCGCUUGUGGGCCUCCUGCCGGUACGAGGCGUGGGUAAUGGCCGACGUGAGCUUGCUUCUCUCUGCGAGGCUCGACCGGCCGUGGUCGCCCGUCGUGACGGCCUCCGAUGCCGCGAACCGUGGCAUGGCGGUGUGCGAAGCAAUUUUCCCGGUCUCCGCCGUGGCCUCCGUCGGGCGAUGGCGGGAGCGGUGGAGGUACAGGCGGCUGAAUCCCGACGAGUGGGCGCCGAGGUUCCGCUGGAUCCCGUCCGAGUUCAACCCCGCGGACGCGGGCAGUCGGCUCUUCGAGCACCAGGGCCCGCUCGGCCAUGCUUGGUCCGCUGAGUCGAGCUGGCGGGUCGCGGCGGCGCUGAGCCAGGCAUCCAAGUCGCCGGCCUCGGCCGCGGCCCGCUCGCACUGCGAGGAGGCCGCAGCAGGCGCUGCCACGCGCGCCAACUACAGGCCGCUCUGCGACGCCUUCCUCGACUUCUGCCAGACGAAGGGCCGCGUCCCAGCCGACGUCAACGAGCUGCAGAUCAGGCUGCUCGAGGCGCUCGACCACCUGCUUGGGGCCGAUGGUACCAAGGGCGAUGCGGACACGCUCGUGGCGGCGGUCAAGGAUCACUUCCCCUUCGCGGUCGGCUCGGGGACUCUGCCUCGGGUGACCCGCGCCCUACGGGGGUUCGGGAAGAAGCGGCCGCCUCGGUCCCGGGCACCGGCACCAAAGGAGCUCAUGGCGGCAGCGGUGUCGAUGCUGCUGGCCCUGGGGCUGUACGACCAGGCGCUGCAAGUCGCGGUUCUGUUCUACACCUACAUUCGCCCUGGGGCUCUCCGACAGCUGACGGUCGGGCAGCUGCUGCCCCCAGCGAGGCGGUCGGGGCCGCUGAGCCACUGGUCGAUCAUCCUGGCACCGACCGAGACGGUGGGCGCGCCCCGGGUCCUGACCAAGACCGGCACCUCGGACGAGACGGCGCUGCUGGACGAGCCCGCCUGGCUGGGGCCUGUGCUGCAGGCGCAUGCGCGGGGCAAGCCUCCGACCGCCCCCCUCUUCACGACGGGCGGCCCAGGCAUGGCAGCGGCCUUCGGCCGUGCUGUGGCCGCCCUGGGCGUCCCGGGCGUAUGCCUGUACCAGCUCCGGCACGGCGGGGCCAGCGACGACCUGCUCACCCAGAGGCGGCCGGCGGACGCCGUGAAGGCGCGCGGCCAUUGGAAAUCCGAGAGCAGCUUGCGCAGGUACGCGAAGCCCGGGGCCAUUCACCAGCUGCUCAACGCGAUGCCAGCGGAGAACAGGGCGUUCGGCGUCCAGCAGAUGAACUUGCUCGAGCGCCUGCUGAAGCGCGAGGUGUUCGAGCUGAUG